AUGACCCAGCUGGAACAGGAGAUACCAAGAAUCAGAGGAGCCACAAUCUUCUCCACUCUUGAUGUGGCCUCAGGAUUUUGGACUAUACCAGUGCAUCCAGAUGACCAACACAAGCUGGCUUUCACCUUUGGCAAUCGGCAGUACACCUUCACCAGGUGCCCAUUCGGCUAUGCCAACUCACCAGCCGAAUUUAACAUCUUCCUCAACAAAGCAUGCCCGGAUGCCAGGGUAAGAGGGAACUUAAUCUAUGUUGACGACCUUCUGAUGAAACACACGACGGUGACCGAUCACCUGAAAGAAAUUGACCACGUCCUGCACCAACUGACCGCCGCCAGUGCCAAGAUUGCCCUCCACAAAGGACAAUGGUGCAAAACCAAGGUCAAUUACAAUGAUGUUGCCCAAACUCAGCUGGGCACCGCACUGAUGUCUAACAUGCUCCAUCUCCUGAUCAUCUAUGAGGCAGAGGCUGAGCAGUGGGCAUCGUACCUGCACUUCCAUCUGGUAGGCCCCAUUCCUGAGGCUGGCAUCUGUUGUUAUGAUAUUGCUUUGGUGACCAGUCGCCGGGAUGACUUCCUGCGACUUGGUGGAUACAAAUGUAAGCUGCUUAUCCUGUCGCGUGGCAUGCUGGAGGGGCUAUGCCAGCUCCGGCGGUUCUUUCUGGCUCGUGUAUUGCGACCAGAGACCAGUGUGGUGAUUCUCUUGUGUGGAGUAGAAAGCUUGGAUCCUCUGCUAGAGCUGGUUCCACUGAAGGGAGAUCAGUGUCUCCAAAUCUCCAGCGAGCAAGAGCCCCAGGACUAUCAACUGGCUGUGGCAGAGAUUGUACACAAAGGUGGACAGACAGCAGCAGUGGAUGGAAUAUCAGUCCAGGAGCUGAAAAUACAGAAGAAACUGUCUAGUGGUGCUCUUGUCGCAAAUCAGUCUUUACUGGUUCUACCCAGCCGUGUACCAUGUGAGAAUCCAAUGGAGAUUUUCAUUCUUCUGCAAGAGGACAUAGCCAGCAAAGAUGCAGAGGUGGAGUUCAGUGGGAAUAAGCAGCGAGUGAGAGUGAAGCCUGUGAAUUGGAAUGAGAGCACACUGAAAGUGACUGCACCUGAUUUUACUGCUGGACAUGUGAUUGUAACACUUUACAGUAAAGGCCUUGUGAAAGGCAUUGCCUGCUUACAAUACUACACCAUCAUGGAAGAUAUUGCCCACUUCCUUCAGCAGGCUGCAGAUCCUGUGAUGUUUAUGUGCCAGGCUUUUCAGGUGUCUUCCUUGGAGAAGCUGGAUCAAACUCUGGCUUCUGGUUUAAUGCGGACAAUGCCGACAGGAGGUUUCCAGGGCCUGCAGUGUGAUCAGUCUCCUGCUGGAGAGUGUCAUUCAGAGGACAUUCCUACUCUCCUACAUUUUGCGGCCCAGCAUGGAUUGCGAGACCUGGCCAGUGCUUUGCUGCAGUGUCCUGGAUCCCGGCAGGCCCUUAAGAUCCCUAACAGCCAUGGACACACACCACUGGAUCUUGCACACGUACAUGGACACAACCAGCUCUAUAUACUCCUACAAGAGUCAUUGAUACUUGAUGACAAUGAUGGCAACAUUGACACCGGUGUAUAUGAGUUGAUGGGAAGAGCAGAUACUUGA